CGCUAAUUUGGGACACAUGUUCUGGACCAAGCUUGUUCCACAUCUCAAGUUCUGGUGCCAAGAUGACUUCGGCCCAAACCACAGAGCGUAGCCGUUUUGGCUCAAGCCGUUCGGGCUCAAGGCGUCGAGGCUGAAGCCCGCAGCCGCGUUGGCUGCUUACUGCAACGAACACCCCACCCAAACUACCAGCGGGCUGUGUUGGCUGGUUGUCGGUGGACCCAGUCUUCACCACACACCAACCACAGUGUAAACGAAUGGCUCCAGUCGACGAUCCAUGUCGAUGGCAUCCGAAGUGUCAGAUGAGCGUAAGUGAGGUCGUCGAAGACAUCGGAUUCGGCAAGGCUCAGCUUCUGAUGGUGGUCACGGGCGGGGCCGUGUUCUUUAACCGGGGCGUGCAGAUGUGCCUCAUGUCUAUCUUGACGAUUCCCAUCGCUGCGGACCUCAGACUCACCACCACGCAGCAGGGCCUCUUGUCGACCGUUUUGUUCUUCGGCAUGACCCUAGGCACGCUGGCCAGCGGCUGGAACGGAGACGGGGUUGGCCGUCGCUUCCCCGUCGUGGUCAGCAGCAUCGCCACCAUCGUCAUCGGAUGCCUCUCCGCGGCGUGCACCAGCUACCGCUGGCUCUUCUUUGCGCGGCUCUGUCUGGGCUUCGCGGUUGCCCUCGGCGACGUGCCCGUGACGGCGCUGCUGAGCGAGGUCACGCCCAAGCAGUGGCGCAUCCCCGUGCGGGCUGCGGCCGAGGGGAUCUUCGACGUGGGCUACACGUACGCGGCGUUCCUCGCCUCCUGCGGGGACCCCUACUUGAUAGAGCUGGACUUCGCGAGUGGCGAACAUCUCCGUAUCCGCGCCCUCGCGGUCUGGACUGGCAGAGGCUGAUGGUUGUCACCUGCAUCCCUGGAGGGAUUCUGGGCCUGUCCGCGGCCGCGUUCCUGCCGGAGUCGCCCGUGUGGCUCGCCAGCAGGGGCGACCGCGCAGAGGCCCUCGGGAUCUUCGAGGGCCUCCGGCGGCUGAACGGCAAGCCACCCCGGAGCAUCGAGCUGGAGGUGCCGGAGCCCGCGAAGGCGCAGGCGGACCAGUCGGAGCUCGCCGGAGCCCUGGGCGUCGUGUUCGGGCCGCGCCACCUGCUGACGACGUGCAUCCUGGCCUACGUCGGGUUCGUGCUCAACGUCUUCUACUACGGCGGCAUGUACGCUCAGCCGCAGGUGAUGACGCAGGGGCGCGGCCUCGCUCCGGGCUGGGAGAUGGUGCUCGGCGGUCCCUUCGACCUGAUCGGCAUUGCUGUGGCCACGGUGCUCGCUCAGGCGGCGCCUCGCAAGACGGUGCUGAUGUUCACGAUAGCGGCGGCGGCCGUCUCCAUCAGCUGCUUCGGCUACGCGGGGUCGCUCCCGAGGCGAACGCCACUGCUCGAGGUGGUGUACCAGGUCGGCUUCUUCGGCUUCUACUGGGUGCCGGCCAUGGGCUUCAUCGUAUUCGGGCAGCUGGCCGUGGAGAGCUACCCGACCCUGGUCGCCACCACGGGCGGCAGCGUCGUCUUCGGCAUGGGCCGCUUCGGCGCGAUGACCGCCCCGCUGCUGUUCGAGGGCAUGCGCGACGUCAGCGGGCAGUGGGAGCUGUUCACCUACUUCACCUCGGUGCUGUGCGCCAUGGGCAUCGUCCUCCUGGGCUGGAAGCCAGGCGCGCAGGCCCUGGAUGCCCGGAAGCCCGCACGGUCGGUGUAGCUCUGCCCAUGCCAGCGAGUGCCUCUCGCGAGGGCCGCGCACGGAAAGUGCCCGUCGCAGAUGCUGGCCACACCCUCGCCGGCUGCGUUCGAGGGCGUCCUGUUGUCGCUCGCGCCGUUUGAUCGGCCUCCAGGGCAGUAGUCAGGUGACGCAUUCGGCACGCAUGUCCGUCUUUGAUCCGUCAUCAUCCCAAAUACUGGGCGUGUCUGGACUCUCCGUUUUUUCAUCCCCGUUCGUGCAAGGCGGACGCGUCUCUGCAAAAUUUGACCUUACAAUUUGACCUGUCGAUAUUUUUGUGUUCUAUUAGAAUGCUAGCGUUUCGGCCAAAAAUGCCGACUGCAGCUGCCCGAAUGAUCUCACAGAUCUCUGUACACCACCUUUCAGGCCGCAGUUCGUUGGGGAAGGAAAAAA